GCUCUGCAGCCGCAUUGGUUAACCUUUAACACUCGCUACUCCCUGAAACAAUCGCUGUAAGCAAUAGUCGCGUAACGUACCGAGAACUCUCUGAUCGAUUCUGCGUUGGAAAAGGAACAGCACAUUAACUUUUUUUCAUGACCAUCAAAACCAUAUGCUAUAUAACUAAAAAAUGAAAUACUUUGGCCCACGCUUGUGGAGCAACAAGGAAUUAUGGAAGAGUUCCAAUCAAAAAGAACAAAUCCAUUUCCAUUGUGGUUGUAAAAUAAACACCCCCAAAAAAGAUGCAAUCAGCUAUUAUGAUCGUAAAGGAAAUUUUUCGAUAACUAUGCAGGCUAUUUGCGAUAGACGAUUUUUAGACGUCUUUAUUGGCUUUCCUGGAAGCUGUUACGACGCCAACGUCUGGCAAAAUAGCCCAAUUUACCAAAAGAUCACCUCCGGAGAAGCUUAGCUCGCGAUCACGGCCGUAAUAUUAGCAGAUUCGGCCUAUCCGCUAUCAAAAUAUUUGAUGGUCCCGUAUAGGGAUAAUGGGCAUCUUUCACCAGAAGAGAAAAAGUUUAGCUACUACCUCAGUUCCACACGAGUAUUAGUCGAACAGUCGUUCGGCCUUUUAAGGCAGAAAUUUAGAAUACUCAAUCACAUCGACGUUUCAACUAUAAAGAGUGCUUCGAAAAUUGUAAUGGCCUGUACUAUGUUACAUAAUUUUAUAUAAUCCCACAAUAUCAAUAUAACAACGAUACAGUGGCUGUUGCCGAAAACAUUAACGAGAGUAGUGAAGGUAUUAUAAGAAGGAAUGAAUUAAAAAUGUUA